AUGACCGAUGAGAGACCUCCAACAGAGCGAAUUGCCUUAAAUCGAAAAAGGACUGUCACAAUCCUCUACAAGCUACGUUAUGGCCUCAGCCAAGUGUGUAACUGGCUGCGGACAGAGCAAGUGAUGGGAGGAGCUUGUAGUAGGAGUAAAGUGUGCAGCCUUAUGAACACAAUGAGCCAGAAUGCAGGCAAAAAAAUUGACGAAGUGGUGGUAGAAGUUAUUAUAAACAAGUGCCAACUGGUAUUAAUUGUAGAUGACUACACAACCAUUCACUCAAUAAGACGACCACAAGACGAGGAACUCACUAAUGCCAAUUUCUUUUGUACUAUCAUCAUCAAAGUUUUCAAAAAUGUUCCAGCCAUACCUGCCUGUCAUGUCUCAACUUAUUAUAAUCCUUCUGGUCUCAAUGUUACUUCCUGUAUAAACACAGUCUCUGGGCCAUCUACUAUGCAUAAAUUAAGUCUAACAUAUUCAUCCCUGAUGCCUUCUUGGAUAACUGACACCUUUUUCAAUCCCGAAUUUGAAAGACACAGGGCAACUGCUCAUGAAUACUGCCACCAUGAGUCUGUUCAGACUAUGAGACAAAUGGACAAUGUACACCUUGUUAACUUUUUCCAAUUAACACUUAAAAGCAAAAAUGACUUUGAUGCUGCAUUUGACCUUGUACUGAGUACCAAACUUUCUGAAUAUCUCAAGUUAUUUCUUAUUCCUCAACCUGGUGACUGGCCUGCUCAGUUCUACUCCAGACAAGUCAUUUACGAAACCCUUCAGAAAUUUUGCUGCCCAUCUCAUGUCUUUGAUAAUCCUCAAGUGUGCCCUACAGAUCAUUCAUAUGCAAGAGUAUGCUCUUCUGGACCCAUACAACAACAAAUGAACGUUAGUACAUCUGGGCAACCAGGAAUUCUUUCCAUAAUUCCGUGUAUUGGACCCCUUCACAUCUCCUUAAAUGGAAAAGAAACUGUGUUUCAUGAUUAUCGGCAAUUUUUUGAGACUGUCUAUAAUAAUCUCUUUCCAAAAAGCAAAUUGGCAAAGAAUCCUAAGCCCUGGAGAAUCAGUCUGAUACUUGAAGUGGUCUACUCUGGAUGGCUUUUUAUCAGGGACAGUGUUAAGAGCAAAUUUUGUUUUUGCAAGGACUUGGAAUACGGAACUCUUUUGAAUUUGAUCGACAAUUAUCUACCACUUGUCCUUUCCAUCUACAGUGUUACUUACAAACAAAAUAACUUUGAAAAGUAUCUGAAUGCAAUGAUCAGGAUAUGGGUGAUGUGUGUUUGUCUUAAGAGACAUCAUUACAAUAAGGCCCCACUAGUUUGGCUUUCUAUGUGCUCUUACUGGGGCAUGCACCAUCCUGCCUUAUAUAAACUGCUUCUGACAAAUUUGGUUAUCUUUGAUGAGUAUCCUGUAGAAAACACUCAUAGUAUCAUACGUUCUAAAACCAACAUCCAUGACACAGCUGAACAAAUACAGAAGAAAGCGAAAGUUGUGUUUCAGUCAAAAAUGGAACAGCAGCACUUCAAAGAACACUUCACCCAACCCAAGAAACCGUAG